AUGGCGGGAAGGAGGGUUCUCAUUCAAGCUUCUUCAUCCACCAUUCCCACUUAUGUUAUGCAGAAUGCUCAGCUUCCCGAAAAGAUCCUUAAGGGUAUUGAUAGAGUUAACAGGAAUUUCCUUUGGGGGUCUACUGAUAGCUCUAGGAAAAUGCACUGGUUGGUCGGAUUUGGGUCCUUUAAGGUCCAUUCUCCACGCCCAAUCCCCCUAGAUUCCUCCAACCUCAAGGUGAAGGAUGUCAUCUCCCCCCAUGGCUGGUUAUGGUCAGCCAUUCCUUUUGAUUUACCCCCUGAGAUUAAAGAGAGCAUUCAAGCUGUUCCAUUCCCAAUUGCAGCCAAAAAUGUUGAUAAGCUUGCUUGGAAAGGGUCCUCCAAAGGUGGUUUCAACUUAAAGGGUGCCUAUAGACUUGCUACUCAACCAUCAGAAGCAAAUUCCUUUCCGGGCUCGUGGAUAUGGAAAUCAAGUACACUCCCUAAGAUCCAAAUGUUUAUUUGGAAGUGCAUGAGGAUAUUCAGUACAUGCGAUUAUGAACGUGUUCUUGUGUUGUAUCUUGUUAGUAUUCGAGAGGCGGCAAAAUUUCCUCAGACAUUGAAGCUCAGCUCGGCUAGGGUCAGGGUUUCGCUUUUGCUUUCGCCGCCGCACCGUUCCUCUUCGGCUCUUCAGGUUUUGAGCUUUGCUUUUCAAAUUUUUGCUAUGACUUUGCUUGAAGUGAUAAUAAAGGCCUCGGCAGAUACUGAGUCAGUUGCUUCCGAGUCAGAAUACCCUAUGAUUCUCAACCCAGAUGAUGUUUUGCUGAGGCCUAAACUUGAAGACCCAAAUCCCACAUUGCUUGUUAACCCUGUUAUCGGUUGGCAAAUAUCUCAAACCGAUUCUGAAGUCAUUGAAAUGGGGAAAAAGUUCUAUACUAAGCUAAAGCGGAAGCUCAAGAACCCGAUAGAUUUUGAUAAGGAUGAGUUUUUACUGAUCUUGAAUCAGUUUCAUGAGAAAAUUAGGGACAAAGUUGGUGUUUCCAUUGGGAUUGAUUUGUCUGAAAGUGGGUAUACUCGGGCCUGGAUUGAACGGCUAGGGUCUUUGACGGGUAAAGAUGUUGCUGGUUUGGUUUUGGAUGGGUGUGUGGAUUUUGAAAUUUGGGAUUUGGUCGAGGUUCUGAUUGUUAAUGGGGUUAUUGAUCAUUCUUGUUAUUCGAAUUUGGUCAAUAGACUUGUGGCGAAGAAGAGGUCAGACUUGUUAUGUCUUUGUAUUAAGCAUGCAUCGGAUCUUGGGGCAUCUGAAUUACUCGCCAUUUUGAAGUAUUUUCUUUGUCCGGCGAAAGAUGCUUAUGACAGUAUGGUGGAUAUGAGGAAAGAAUGGGAGAAGCAGUUUUUGUCAGCAAUUGAGAAAGCAAGUGAAAGGAGUGUCACAGGGAAGAAAUCGCGUUUAGCAAAGGAGGCUUCAAUUUUGCUUAUGAUAGCACAUGACGGGUUCUCUGCAUCAGAGCUUUGUUUGCACUAUCUGCUGGCAUCCUCAAAUAUUGAUGCAGUGACAUUAUCGUCAUCAAUUGGAAAUUUGAAUGGUAAAGAGAUGAUGAAUUUGAUUCGGUAUUUGGGGAAGUGGUUGAAGAAGUAUGAGCAAUUUCCUCAAGCAAUUCCAUGUCCUGAAGCAUCACAUAAGUUAGGUUUGAAGUCCUGCAGUUGGAUUCCUAAGCUUGAAGAUGUCAUCAACUGUGCUGGAUUGGUGCUGGAUGAAAAAUUUUCUUCAUUGAUUUUGCAUCCAGAAUUCCAUGAAGAGCUGAGAUCAAUGGGGGAAGUGGUUAGUUGUUUAGCAUCGGAAGCUAGACUAUGUUGUUUAAUGGCUGAUGUAGCUGAUAGAUUGAAAGUUGAAGUUUGACAUGCUUGGACAUCAACUGUGCUGGAUUGGUGCUGGAUGAAAAAUUUUCUUCAUUGAUUUUGCAUCUAGAAUUCCAUGAAGAGCUGAGAUCCAUGGGGGAAGUGGUUAGUUGUUUAGCAUUGGAAGCUAGACUAAGUUGUUUAAUGGCUGAUGUAGCCGAUAGAUUGAAAGUUGAAGUUUGACAUGCAUGGACAUCAACUGUGCUGGAUGAAAAAUUUUCUUCAUUGAUUUUGCAUCCAGAAUUCCAUGAAGAGCUGAGAUCCAUGGGGGAAGUGGUUAGUUGUUUAGCAUUGGAAGCUAGACUAUGUUGUUUAAUGGCUGAUGUAGCCAAUAGAUUGAAAGUUGAAGUUUGACAUGCAUGGAAAUAUAAAUUUUUGCUAAUAUUGCAUCAUGCUCCUGGUAUUGCAUUUGCAGAAUUGAUAGUAUGCUAUUAGUUUUUCUUUUCUUGGAACAAAUUGAAGUUUUUUCAGACACUUCUAUAUGGAUGUUAUUCGUGAUUGGUUUGUUAGGUUUAGUCUGCA